AUCCAACGGCCCGAUAACAUGUCCUCCGGUUGAAGAAGGAGCUAGCAAGGAAGCGAACUGUUUAAAAUUACUUGCGAAGUUUAAACGCGGAGAUGUCGCUAGUGUCCGAAGUGCAGGCCGCUAAGUUUUACAGACUCAGCCAAUGCUGAAGUAGAUAGUUUGUGGAAAUUGUGAUUGUUACGGAGGAAUGAGCGACACUUGUCACGGAAGUCGUCCAGCUGGCUAGCAGAAAAAGUAGCUAGCUAGGCUAGUUAUUGUUAGCACGGGAGUUCUUUGUUUUGUUUUUCGGGGGACCCUUCGUUCACGAAGAGACUCUGGCGCCGACAAUUUUUAACAUUUAACGUUAACUUCAAAUUAACGUUUAGAAUAAUGUACAUGGUAUAUCUAACGAGGUGCAGUUGAAGUUGACGGUAAAUUUGAUAUUAGGCGAAACUAUCAUUAGCCAACGAGAGCAACUUUAGCAAGAACGAUCAGAUUUUUAACGUCGGGCAGGACCGGGCUGGGGACACGAAGACAUGGGCAACUGUCUUAAGUCUCCGACAUCAGAUGACAUUUCUCUGCUUCACGAAUCCCAGUCGGACCGGGCGAGUUUCGGGGAAGGGACAGACCCCGACCUGGAGCCACCUCCUCCCUACCAGGAGCAGGCCCACAUGCCCAUGUACCAUCCCACGCCUAGUCAGGCCCGCCUGGCCACCCAGCUGACCGAGGAGGAGCAGAUCCGCAUAGCUCAGCGCAUCGGCCUCAUCCACCACCUCCCCAAGGGGGUUUAUGAUGGGGGGCCAGACGGCUCAGAGAAAAAGAUCAGAGAAUGCGUGAUCUGUAUGCUGGAUUUUGUUUAUGGGGACCCCAUCCGAUUCCUGCCGUGUAUGCACAUCUACCACAUGGACUGUAUAGACGACUGGCUGAUGAGAUCCUUCACCUGCCCCUCCUGCAUGGAGCCUGUGGAUGCUGCCCUGCUCUCCACCUACGACGAGACCAACUGAUUUUACUCCUCCCGCCAGAUUAGAUCACACACACACACACACACACACACACACACAACUACCCUCUGAUAAAGCGAGAGGAGCUAUACAAAAUAUAGUUGACUUGCUAAAAUCAGUUAAAUGUACCACCCAAAAUGUUGUCCCAUGGUCUAAACAAUAAGCUGGUCUUAAACAGCAGCUACACAAACUGUUCCCAGGCGACCCUGCACGAUCGCCUGUGUCCGUCUCGCCGACGGUGAGCUUGAAGGUUGUGUGUGUGUGAGCUGUUUGAUGACUCGUGCGUUUCCACGUGAGCUGGUCUCAGUGGUGUUUUCUCCCCCCCCCAACUGACCGCAAUUCACCUCCAUUCCCAGUUGGUUAUCAUUAAAAUGGAUAAUAUAAGGUGAUCAACCAAAACGCUACGAGUUGUUGCUAGAACUCGGUUGGCUUUAAUUUGAGGUUUUCUGUGGCAACAGUAAGACUUCCUCAACAUAAGAAUCUCCUGAACGUGCUCUAUCAUUACAAUGACCCUACACUUUGGAAGCAUGGGAAUAAACACCAGUAAUUUGCACUGUUGGUGUUACUAAAUUCACUCUCCAUUUUGUCCGGAUAACAAAACCAAUCCCCUCAAAGUACACACCCACAGCAGUUCAAAGCCACCCGAUGUUCGGCUGCUCCAAAAAAACAGACUUUAAUAUGGCGUCUGCCGGGCAUGUUUCACGAGGCGGUGUUUAAAGUAGCUGGCAGCCAAAGUAAAGGGCUCAUUUGUGCAUGGGCAGGAGGAUCAGGCCGUCAAAAAAAAGUAAAAUGCUUGCACACACUUUUCAUCUGUUCUGGAGAUUUGCACUUUACUUAUAGGACAGUAUCUAAACAAUAUAUUAAUAUAUGUACCAUAUAACCUUGCACUAUCAAUUCAAUCAUUCCUUCAUUUCCUGAGAUGCAAAAGUUGUAUAGCUGAAAAGGUAUUUUCAAAGCUGUCAGUAGUCACUAAUCACUUUGAGGUAAGCCUGAAGAUGUAUUUAAUUAAAUCUGAGAUUUGGUAGUAUGAGCCUUUGAUUUGUUCUGCUUGACUUUUCAUUCUGUGUGUUUUUGGGUGAAAAUGAAGGGACAGAGGCCUGUUACAGUUUAAAGAACAUUUGUCCUAACAAGAAGACCCCCAUCUGAUCCACUAUGUUAAGUUUGUCUUGGAUUAGCUUAGCCUAGCAUAAAGACAUGGUUGUUAGAAUGGUUCUGGAGCUCCCUUUAAAGCACAGUAAUGGCUCAGUCGAGAGCUAUACUUGCCUUUAACCAGGCAUAUUUGGUAUGAAGCUGCCUUGUUUCUGCUGCUUAGGUUUGGUGCAUCUUAAAUUCACGCAUUUGAGUCCAGAUUAAAAAAACACAAUAUGUAUAAAUGGUGAACUAAAGAAUGUUGAUCGGCUUUUUCCUUUCCCGGUGAUUGCAGUCUUUAUGCUAAGCUAAUAGGCUCCAUCAUUUAGCUUCUCCCAAACAGAUUUGAGUCAGGUGGUAAUCUGCUCAGCAAUGCUGAUUUUUUUUUCUCCAAAUUUUGAAUUAAGAGGCAAACUUGGAACUGUUAUAUUUUGAAUCUUCAUUAGUACAGUCAUUUUCUUUAUUUUACACAUUUGUCAAGUUUUUUUGUUUUAUUCUAUAUUUAGUUUUUUAUUUCCAUCCACUGUAGCAGUAGUUCCAAUCAUUUCCUCUUCAUUGGUGAAAGAGUGGCAGUUUUUUUUCAGUUAUUUGUGUUUUAUCUCUUUUGUUACAUUUGUGUAAAUUUCACUUUGUAUUUAGGACGUAAGUAUGUUACCUUCUCACUGGUUUAUGUCUGACUGUGCAAACCUCUGUCCCAAAUGAAUUGUGAGAGACUUCUUUUCUCGUGUGAUAGUCCCAACUGAGAUACCAUGAAUCUCAUUCAGCUUUUCUUUUGCUUGGUUUUUAUUUUAAUUUUAUUCUGAAAACUAAUAUGUCCUGUAACCCUGUUUUAUUUCUUUGUUUUUGGAAGGCUAGAAUGCCAUCAUGUAAAAAGAAAUAAAGAUGAAUAAUUAUA